CAUCUCUCUUUAAUCUCAAUUCAUUAGGCUAGUUUGGUAAUUUUGUGGAUGGGUCACACUGCUAGCUGAGUAGGAAGUAUUCUGUUUCAUAUAUCUAUUGGCUUUCUUCUUCAUUUUUAUCUGCUUAGACUUUUUCUAACUUUUUGUUUUUUUUUUGUUUUCUAUAGUCGUUCUAAGUUACCGUCUAAUUUCUUUAAUCUUAUUUAUACCCCGGUAGCAUCCAAAGCUGUUACAUUCGCUCGCUUUCAUUCACGUUAGUCUUUCUUUUAUUCUCCUUGCUUUAGAUCAAAAGGCUGUUCAAUCGGAAUAGACGAAAUAAUCGAGGAUGGCGGUUAAUAAUAUUGUUUCCAAAUACUUGGAAUCUAUAGAUAAUCCGGACGCCGCCCCUGUUCUGCCUUUGAAACCUUCGAAUAGGUUCAAUGCCUCUCCCACCAAAACCCCGUUAAAACAAACGGGGCCCCAUAAAAACGAAGAUGAAGGUGAUUUGGAUAAGCUUGCCAAACAAUUGACGGGUAAUCAAAGCUCCACUCCUUCUAAAACUGAUUUGCUAAAGAAAAGAUUCGAGUCGGAUUCUGCUACCGUUUCCUUUUUCAGAGAUCAAAGUAAGGCCAAUUCUAAUAAUAGUAGUCGAAAUGGGUCUCCCGUCAAUGAUGAUGCUGAUGCCGGUGACGAAACCCCAAGUUGGGCCAAGGGUAAUUAUCGUGAUAUCUUAAGUAAAACCCCAAAAAGAACUAAUGGUAGAGUUAAUAAUCAAUUUGAUACCUCUCCACUUAAACAAAAUAAUUCAAAUAAUACCCCAAACUAUCUAGCUUCUCCUGGUAGUGCUACUUCCAGAGAUUCUCCCGGUUACGAAUAUUUAUGUCGUAUUCUUGCCAUCAAAAAUUGGAUGGAACCUAUAAUACAAGAAGAAAUUAAUCAAGAUCCAGUUGAAUUAAUAUCCUAUAUUAGAAAUGGUAUCCAUCUCGCUAAAUUAUCUAAAGCAGUCCUUGGAACGACUAAAAAAAUCUUUACAAAUGAUUCAAGGUUACAAUUUCAACAUACUGAUAAUAUCAAUCAAUUUUUUUACCUUUUGAAAAGAAAAAAUGUUCCAGAUCUUUUCAGAUUUGAGUUAACUGAUUUAUAUGACGCUAAAAAUGUUCCUAAAGUUUGGUUUUGUUUACACGCUUUAAGUUAUAUUCUUGCGAAAACUAAUCCAGGUUACGGAUAUAUUGAAGAUCUUGUGGAUCAAGUUGAUUUCACUGAAGAUGAAAUAAGAGCUGCAAAUAGAGCCUUGGUUGGUUGCAGUUUACCAAAUUUCACUAGUGUCGAUACUGAGAUGUCCUCUACUUCUAAAAAAGUUGAAAGAGAUGUUCAAACUAGUCCAAUCCGCCCAAAAUAUCAAGACGUUGCUACAAGUCCUAUUAAAAAUAAUAGAUCAAGUGUUACUAAUCGUUAUGAAAAAUACUUACAAGAAACAAACCAAACUGAAGAAUCAAAUGCUGAUACAAGUAGAGACUCAAUUAAUAGGAACGCAUCUAGUAGAAUCAAAGAUCAUCAUAAAGCCAUUUAUAAUUCAUUGGAUUAUACUUAUAAUCCAUUAUAUACCCCCGAAAUUGACGAUCACAUUGAUAAUAUAAUCAAAGUUCAAGCUUUAGCAAAAGGUGCCAGCUUCCGUUAUAAAAUGUUCAUCGACCGUAUUCUCUUGAAGUCAUAUGAAGAAGAGUUUACAGUGUUCUGUUCCGUCAUAAGAGGUAAUGCUUCUCGUCGUAGAACCAUUGAUUGCAAACGUGACGACUUAAUAGUUUUUGAAGAUGAAAUUAUCCAAUUACAAGCAAUCGCCAGAAGAAAAUUGUUUAAUUCUAAAUCUAAAGUCGAUUUCUCUGAUUCUGAGAAAGCAAUUGUGCUACUUCAAGCCAUUAUUCGUGGAAGAAUUGAAAGACUCAGGGUGGAAAAUACCAAGAAUGAUAUUGUGCUGGCUACUUCUAAUGUCAUUGAAUUUCAAACUGUUAUCAGAAGAAAUAAAAUUCAUUCUAAAUCAUCGGUCAUUUUAGAUAACAUUGAUUAUAUUGAAGAUAGUGUUUUAUCACUUCAAUCCGUUGCUCGUCGUAUCCUCUAUCAAAGACAAACCAAUAAUAGUAUCAUUUCUGGUUUAGCUAAUAGUGGUGGUAUUGUUCAAUUACAGUCUCUUAUCCGUGGUAACAAAACCAGAAUCGAAUGUUUUAGAGUCUUGAGAGGUAUGUUUAGGGCUUCUACAAUGAUUGCUGACCUUCAAAGUAUUGCAAGAGGUGGAAUUGCUAGAACCAAGUUGUGUAAUAAUGUUUUGAUUACUUUGAUGGGUCAAGAUGAUAGAAUGAACGAACUUUUCGCUAAAGUUAGAGGUAAUGCUAUCAGAAGAAGAUUCAACUGGCAAAAACAAGUUUUGUAUUUCUACGAAGAAGAACAAAUUUUACCACUUCAAUCCAAAUUUAGAGGAAUUUUAAGUAGGUUUAAAAGAGAAAUCAUUCUUGACGAUAUUUAUACUGAAAUUGGUUCAGUGAUCGAUUUGCAAAGUCGUAUUAGAGGGUUUAAAAUCCGUAGGGAAAUUGUCUCCAUGUUCAAUUAUUAUACUAUGAAUCUAGAUAAGGUUAUCCGUGCUCAAGCAAUGAUUAAAAGUAAAUUUACACAAAGGGCUUAUAAAUCAUUACUUAAUAUGAAAAACCCACCAUUAUCGGUAAUUCAGAGAUUCGCUUCAUUAUUGACUGACAAUGAUAUCGAUUAUCAAGAGGAAAUGGAAUUGUCGAAUUUGAAAGAUUGUAUCAUUGAAAAAUCAAAAUCCAACGAAGAAUUAGAAUCACAAAUUGAGAAUUUAGACAUCAAGUUGAGUUUAUUGGAUAAAAACAAAAUUACAGUUGAAGACUUCAUUCAGCAUAAUAACAAAUUCAAACUUUAUAAACCUUCUGCCAAUCAUGCUGCUCACAUUAAAAAUUUAGAAAAAUUGAAUAAGUCAUCUAGAGAAAGAAUUGAAUUAUAUCAAUCAAUGUUUUACUUUUUACAAACAAAACCAUCCUAUUUCAUCAGACUUUACAAAACUCUCAGUGUUGAGUCUAAAGGGUCAAAUUUUUGUAAAUCUUUGCAGAACUUGAUUAUAAGUCUUUUCCCUAUAAAAAAUUCUUCAAUUGACAAUCACUCUCGUGAAGAGUUCUUCUACGUCAAAUUUAUCUUUGCUUUGAUGAGGACUGACAUUCAAAAAAACUCCAGAAAUAUAAGUGAUUUAACCAAAGCACAAUCAUCAUUCUGGGUUGAGUUCUUCUUGCAAAUAAAUAAUCAUACAUACCAAAGAACACAUUUGAAAUCUUUUAUGGGUAAAAUUGUUACUCUCUUAAUUGAAACUGAUGAAGUUUCCUUUGAGUCAGACCCAACUGUGAUAAAUGAUGGUAUUGCUGAUAGGGAAAUCAAAGUUCAUGGCUAUAGUGAUAGGCCAAAAGGUAUGACUCCCCAAACAGCAAUUAAAGAUCCAGAAGUUUCUGCUGCUUUUGUUGAAAAUUUACUCAGUUUAAGGGAGUAUGCUACAAGCGUUCUUGAAGUCUUGCAGGCAUCUCUCAAUAAGGUCCCUAUUCAUGUCAGGUUGAUUGCCAGGGAGGCCUUCAAAUUAUCACAAUUGCAAUUCCCAGAAAAAUCUGAACAACAGCAUUUAUCUGUUGCUGGCGUUAUCUUUAUUAAACACUACAUAUCUACAAUUUUGCAAUACCCUGAAAACUUUGGUUAUUUAGCAAAAGAUCCAUUCAAUCCAGAAUUAUUCAAUACCAAAGCCAAAGCAAACUUGAAACAUUUGAGCAGAGUUCUUCUUCAAGUGUUUUCCAUGAAGCCAUUCAGUGACAACUUUUUGAAACCUUUGAAUGAUUACAUUACUUCAUCCAUUGAUAUCACUAGAAACUUUAUUUCACAAUUAAUAGAAGUGAAAGAUAUUGAAUACGAAUAUGAACUAAAUGACUACGAUGAUAUAAUCACCCACGAAAGACCUAAAUUAAUGAUGAAAGUUAGUGAAAUGAUUCAAAUUGAAAAAAUUGUCGGUCAAAAUAUUGAUAUCAUGGCUCCAAGUGCCGAUGACCAAUUGUAUAAUGUAAUCUCCAAGUUAGACGAACUCGUGAAUUCCGCUGACGAUCUCGUAUCACUUACUGAAUUAGGAACUAUAACAUUGAAUUUAAAUCCAACUACUAAAGAAGACUCAUUGGCUGAUUCUAAAGUAAAAUCACUUUUGACUCAAGCUAAGAGAUGUAUUUUAUAUAUUAUCAGAAUACAGGAUGGUGAUGGUCUUUUGGAAUUAUUGAUUUCAAGAAUUAAAGAAAGUCAUGAAGACAAGUUCAGAAAAAUUGUUGCCUCUGAAAGAAAAGAAUCCGAAUCUUCUAGACAUCAUGAGAAAAGAAGACCAUACUAUAGAACAUCUUUGGGUGAUCUUUCAACUUUAACAUACCGUGAGUUGAAGAAGAUGGCCUUAGAGAUUAUUUUACAGUUAGAAGGUAUGGGCCAAUUGACUCGUGAAAACUCAUUCCAAGAGCUUCUUAACCAAAUUGCUGUUGACAUCAAAACAAAAGAUGAUCAAAGAAUUACCCGUAAAUCACAAUUGGAUAUUGCUACUAAGACUAAUAAUAAAUUACUUGAAAAAGAAAAGUUCUUGAGUAGACAAUUGAAUGAUUACAACAAGCAUAUUGAAGGUAUAUUAGCUCAAUUACAACUGAGACCAAAAGAUAAAAAGAUUUUUAACAUUAUUCCGGUUUUCAGUAAACAGUAUUUCUAUCACCGUGAACUUAAAAAGAACAAUAGGUUACCUAAGUUUGGGUCUUAUAUUUACUCUGUUAAAAAGUUAAUGGAUCAAAAGAUCUUGUUAGAUUUUGGCGGAUUGAUAACUCAAAAGUUUUCAUCUUCAUCAAAAAUAGAUUUUAUGUUCAGUUGUCACGAAGUUGGUAUAUUUGUGAUUGAAGCAGCAGCUGGAUCUGUCACUGUCCCUGGUGCUUAUAACACCAUAUCCUUGGAUCAAUUAUUAAACUAUCAAUAUGAGAAUAAACAAAAAUUGGAGUUAUUCUCGGGCAUGGUUACUUUCGAUGCUCAAAACUUAACUUCCUUCAUCUUCAAAAGAUUUUACGACCUCAAAAAAGAUUAGAUAAUAAUAAUUCAGUGUUCCUUCUUAAUACCUAUGAGUAUUUCUCAUACUACUUUUUUUGCAUUUCUUAAUCGGUGAGCAUUGUCUAUAUCACCUUUUAAAAAC